AUGGACCGACUAGCCGCAUCGCCGAAUUUCUAUGUUUCAAAGGAUCACGAGUACGACCGUCAUCGCCAUCGCCCCGAAACAUCCAUGAUGCCCGAAUUGCCAUUCCCAUCCUACGGCCCUUUACCCAUUCCAUCUCGCCCCAAUAUGCAUACUGCGCCUCCUCCGUUGCCUCCGCCAACGCGCAUCCACGAUUUAGAGAACGGCUAUGAUGCUGGGUGGUUGCAUGCGAAUUCUGAUCGAUCUGCAUCUCUUCUUCCCCCGAUUAACCCAGCCUCAAGCUUAUUUGGUGGUGGCCGUAGCCGUCCCGACUCUGCGCCCAGAAGUGAUCGAAUGGACCUUGAUGAGCUUGAAGGCAGGCAAAGUGGCAUGCCACUCUCCCGCAGCUCUGAGGCUCAAAUUAAGAUUGAACCGCCACCACCGACAGAUGAUGGAUUCCCGAAUUCCAUGUCUGUCAAUCCCAAUGGUCCGAUACUGAAAGGCGAGCGUGACUUUUCUCUGCGAAGUGUAAAAGACUCGUCAAAUGCGUACGAUCAGCAUCUGCUGUCCAAGAUAGGGAAGCCCAUUUCUCCCCGAGGAUCGAUCAGCUCGGACCACCGAAACUCAAUCUCCGCACUUACUGUUCCAUCUAUUCCCUCACGCUCAUCGAGCAAUCUGCCAUCACCGGGGCCCUCUGAAGGUUCAACGCUUGAUGUGAAAUGGUAUAGCAGUCCGCAGUCAGGAGGGGUGUCACCCCGAUCGAAAACAGAUUGGAGGGAGUAUGUCGAGGGUCGCAGCCCGAGUGUCGAAAGCAAUCUCCCAUCGGUAGCCGAUUUUGAAUUUGGAAGACGCCGAUAUCGUGGAACAACUCCAUCGCGCGAGGACAGCAUCAGUUUACCCAGUCGAUCAAAUCGUGGCAGCUACGACCAGGGCGUGUUCUCUGAUAUUGAGGGUGAUUUCUCGACAGACGAGCCAGUUCCCCGACAAUUCAUUCUCCGUGAACCGACACCACCUUACCCCGAAGGCUCAAGACAGGGGAUGAAGCGACGAGCAUCAUCUCCACCACGGGAACCGAUCAAUACUGACGAUCGCCACACUUUACAUACAGUCACGAGUAACGGGGAUUUGUCGCAGCGGAGGACGAGUGGUCACCCUUUCACCAACAAUCUAACGGUAAACAGCAGCUACGCUCCGAGCCAACGAACGUUAUCAGCGGCUUCUUCGCUCAGUAUCCGAACCUCUGGUUCCUAUUCUUCCGCUCUUUCGAUCGGUGGCAGUAGCAUGACCAGCCUCUCGCCAUAUGACCGGCCAUCCCCGGGGGGCCUCUCCCUUGUUCGGAUCUCGACGCAUAUCACGAAAAGUCGAUUCUCAACGCAAGUUCCCCCGGACACCCUCGAACCUCCCGCCACAGAUUCCACCGGAAAGAUGUCGAUGCCGAUGCCGAUGCCGAUGCCGAUUGCCCUGAGCGUUCCCAAGCCUGCUUCCUCGAAGAUGGGCGGGUUGUUCAUUUGCGACUGUUGUCCGAAGAAGCCCAAGAAGUUCGAUAGCCCGGAGGAUCUACGCGCCCACGAGAUGGAGAAGCAAUAUUCGUGCCAGUACUGCAACAACCGCUUCAAGAACAAGAACGAGGCGGAACGGCACCAAAACUCGCUCCAUCUGCGACGUCAUUCGUGGUCAUGUGCAUCACUUGUCUCGUUCCAGUCAGCAUUCCAUGGCUCGGGAUCGCCAACCUGCCAAACAAACGCCGGUCCAUCGCACGAUACAUGCGGUUAUUGCGGUGAGGAGUUCCCGAACUACCCUCGACCGGAUUGGGAUCGUCGGUUUGAACACUUGACGACUGUGCACAAGUUCGGCGAAUGCAAUAAUGCGAAGAAGUUCUUCCGUGCGGAUCACUUCCGUCAACACUUGAAACACAGCCAUGCAGGGACUAGUGGAAAGUGGACCAAUAUCCUCGAAAAUGCUUGUAUGAAGGAAGAGCAGCCACCGGAGCCACGAGAUAGAAGUGGUUCUGGGGCUAGUAAUGGCCCACAAAUCAAUCCUGGAUCUUUGACAUCCAAUACAAUUGAUGAGGUUCUGGAAUAA